AUGGGCGGCUCAAUAUCCAAGAUGAUGGCCAAGAUCUUUGGCAGCAAGGAAAUGCGUUUGCUGAUGCUGGGUCUUGAUGCUGCUGGCAAGACGAAUUCGCAUACUGACAUGUAUCUUCCACACAGCNNCAUGCGACCAAAGGACGUCUCGGACGCUCUCAACCUCAAUGUUAUCGCAAAGAACCACAUCUGGAAGGUCGAGCCCAGUUGCGCAACCACCGGCGAAGGUAUCUUUGAGGGUCUUGCCUGGUUGAGCAGCCACAUCAAGGUGCCCGCGAAAUAA